ACACAAUGAGGAAAUGAGUAUUCAGCAUUUAUCUGAAAGCCGAGAGUGAAACUAACCUAUAUUCACUGUUGUCUAGAGAAGAAAUGGCGCAGCAAGUGAUUCUGGAUCGAGAAAAACUGAGCUGUUCAAUCUGUCUGGGUCUUCUAAAGGAUCCGGUGACUAUUCCCUGUGGGCACAGCUACUGCAUGAGCUGUAUUACAGACUGCUGGGAUGAAGAGAAUGAGAAGAAAACCCACAGCUGCCCUCAGUGCAGGCAGAGCUUCACACCGAGGCCUGUCCUGGGGAAAAAUACAAUGAUAGCAGAGUUAGUGGAGGAACUGAAGAAAGUAGGACUUCAAGCCGCUUCACCUGAUCUUACAUAUGCAGGACCUGGAGACGUGGCCUGUGAUUUCUGCUCUGGGAUGAAACUGAAAGCUUUCAAGUCCUGUCUGGUGUGUAUGGCCUCUUGCUGUGAACAACACCUGCAGCCUCACUAUGAUGUAGCUCCAUUAAAGAAACACAAGCUGGUUGAAGCCACCUCAAAGCUUCAGGAAAACAUCUGCUCCCGUCAUGACGAGGUGAUGAAGAUUUUCUGCCGCUCUGAUCAGCAGUGCAUUUGUUAUCUUUGCUCCAUGGAUGAUCAUAAAGGCCAUGACACAGUCUCCGCUGCAGCAGAGAGGGCUGAGAGGCAGAAGGAGCUCGGGGUGAGCCGGGGAAAAGUCCAACAGAGAGUCCAGGACAGAGAAAAGGACGUCAAGCUGCUUCAACAGAGGGUGGAGGCUAUCAAUCAUUCUGCUGAUGAAGCAGUGAGGGACAGUGAGAAGAUCUUCACUGAGUUGAUCCAUCUCAUUAAGAAAAGAAGCUCUGAAGUGAAGCAGGAGAUCAGAUCCCAGCAGAAAACUCAAGUGAGUCAAGCUGAAGAGUUUGAGGAGAAGCUGCAGCAGGAGAUCACUGAGCUGCGGAGGAAAGACACUGAGCUUCAACAACUUUCACACACAGAGGAUCACCUGCAUUUCCUAAACAACUACCCCUCGCUGUCACGUGUGAGUGAGUCUAAAGACUUACCCAGCAUUGAUAUCUGUCCUCUGCGCUCUUUUGAGGAUGUGACCGCGGCGGUGUCAGAGGCCAGAGAUAAACUGCAGGCUGUUCUGAGUGAGGAGUGGAGACACAUCUCACUGGCAGUGACUGAAGUGGAUGUUUUAAUGCCUCAAGCAGAGCCCAGAACCAGAGCAGAAUUUAUGAAAUAUUCUCGUCAAAUCACACUGGAUCCAAAUACAGCACACAGGUGUUUGUCAUUGAGUGACAGGAACAGAAAAGUAACAUUAAUGGCAGUAGAACAGUUAUAUUCAGAUCAUCCAGACAGAUUUGAUCAAUGGUGGCAGGUUCUGAGUAGAGAGGGUCUGACUGGACGUUGUUACUGGGAGGUGAAGUGGAACGGGUUUGUUUGUAUAGCAGUUGCAAAUAAGGAUAUUAGAAGAACAGGGACCAGAGAAGAAUGUGUAUUUGGAUAUAAUAACAAAUCUUGGUCAUUACAAUGUAAGAGUGGCAGUUAUAACUUCAAACAUAACAAUAUUUCUACUUCCAUCUCAGGGCUUCAGUCCUUCAGAGUAGGAAUUUACCUGGAUCACAGGGCAGGGACUCUCUCUUUCUACGACGUCUCUGAAACCAUGACUCUCCUCCACAGAGUCCAGACCACGUUCACUCAGCCUCUCUUUCCUGGAUUCUGGAUUCCAUCAACACUAUCUGGAGACACUGCUGAGUUGUGUGAGCUCACAGGAGUUUAAAGAGUGACUCGUCUCUAUACAGUAAAUGUUGAGGUGUGUCUGCUGCAGAGAUCAAACGUAAUAGGUGGGCCUGUGAUGUUCUUUCUUAUAUUUUCUGUUUUUAAUGUGUCAAUUCAGUAAAAUGGUGAAAUGGAAAACAAAUAAUUUAUCUCUUUAUUUGGAUUAAACAAUGUUGUUUAUUUAAAUUUGAUUCUAUUAUAUAUAUUUAGUUAUAUUUACUAAACAUUUUCAUUAUAUACUGUGCAUGGAAAAACAUUGCAUAUGCAAAAUGUCUAAUCGUUUUAUAUAUACAGGCGUGAUUAUGUAAGAUAAACGAAAGAAAUCAAUAAAACAAAAUCAUGUAUGUAAAAAUGUAUCAAUGGAUUUGGAUCUUUGAGCUUCUGUCAAAUUAAUGUCAUAAUGUCAUGUUUUUAAAAUGUAUUUUUAUUAUGACAUAUCUUCAUAAUAUGUAUAUUUAAUGUUUACUUUGUAUUACUCUACAUAAUGCUGUUUGUACUGCACACUGUGAUGCUGUUGUACUUUGUAAUUUAACUCUUUACAUGUUAACAAUCUUUAGGAAACAUUUAUGAAAAGUCAAUGUUCAAAACUCUACAAAUAAAUAAAUAAAUUGA